AUGAUGCUCCUGAAGGUUGCAGCAAGCCUGCUUUCUCUCUCUGUUUCUGCUUCUUCCCUCUCUCUCCGUCCUCGCUCCAUCACUCCACCCAGUGGCUGCCCCAUUCCCACUUGGAAGGUCACCACCUUCCAUUGGUAUAAUGGCUCGCACAGUCUGGACUGCAUCCACAACGAGGCCGACAUCAACGCAAAGGGAUGUUUAUGCGGCAGCAACUGGUGUGACCCGAACCCCAGCACCUGCAAUGGCAGCAUGGUGAAUGUCUGCUGGACCGGGAUGCCCAACUACCAGCCCUGGGGAUACGGACCCCCAGAGACGCUGGAGAUCGAUUUUGCGGACGGCUUGACUUGCCACGAUCAAUACAUCGGCUAUCGCGUGCAUGAUAUUGGCCACGGCGCAAGUAACUGCGGCUACGCUGAUCGUGGCCUCGGAAGAAUCGUCGCGUUCUACGGCUCGUCGGAUUUUGCCCAAUCCACGGGUCAUAUGGACUAUACCUUGGGCAGCGGACAUGCCUUGACCUGCGUGAAUGGCAGCUCCAUUACCUACUCGGGAAGCACUGAUUUCCCAUUAUUCUGCGAGCAUGAUGCCGACUUCAAUGCUACCUGUACAGCCCCCGUUUUUGAGAUCCCCGUCCUGUCCUAUCAAUGGGUCUCCUAG